GUUAGCACAAGUGUUUUGCACCAGUCACGGUGCGAAUAAAUUGCGAAUGUUUGAAAGAGAUCAUUUUUCUCUGGAUUCUUCCGAGUUCAGUGUGAAAGAGAAAUCUGAUCAUAUGAUACGGUUCAAUGAAUAUUCAAGGUGGAUAUACGCGCUGCUUCAUUUUUUGUGUGUAAUAAUUCUGUGCAUGAUUAAUUAAUGGUUUGUGAAAUACGGCAAAUUCCAGUGAAAAAUAAUGAAAAUAGCACCAAUUUCACAAGAUAAGUGCAACGUAUUCUGUUAUUGUGAGAUGUAAAUGGUUAUCAGUUCAGCGUUGAAAAUGCCUGUUACUAGGUGAUCAUAUUCACGAGACCCCCAUUUAUUUUCGAGCGUUUCGAUCGAAUGAUAUUGACAUGGGCCGAUUUUGUGUGAUCAUGCAUGUAUUUUUAAAAUCCACCAUUCGCGCUUAGUCAAUUUCUACGCGUAAACAGAUGCAAAAUAAAUGCGUUCGUAGAUGGGAUUGCAUUAAAAAUAAAAGAAUACAUUUAAAUAUUUCGAUUAUUGCAUUUUCAAUCACUCCUUUAGUGAUUUCUAUAAGAUCUGCUAGCUCAUGUACAUACGAUUAGUCUCUGAUUUUGCUUCCAAGUGACUGUUACGGGCUAAAAAAAAAUGGUAGAAAAAAAUCGGAGAUAUUUUUUUGUGAUUCUUGCCAUGCUAGCAGGUUUCUUCGUAACAAAUGUUGAUUGUGACGAAACAUUGGCAGAAGAUGGUGCAACUCAAUAUGAAAAUGAUGAACCACAAUGUGGCCCGAAUCAAGUAUAUGAAUAUUGCAGAAUAACCCCGUGCAAUAAUAAGACAUGUCUCGAAAAAGAUGAUCAAAUUGCGUGUAAAAUGCCAUGCGACAAAACAUAUACUGGAUGUCGUUGUAUGGAUGAUCAUUUUUGGGAUGCGUAUGGCAACUGUGUACCACGCUCAGAUUGUCCAGAAAAAUGUCCAGCUGAAAAUCAAGUGUGGAAUCAAUGCGGAUCGAAUGAUUGCAGUGAUCCGAAGUGUAGUAAUAUUGGCAUAGAUGUGUAUUGUGCGGACGUUUGUGACCCCGGAGCAUGUGUAUGUGCAAGCGGUUACGCACGCGAUGACUACGGAAAUUGUGUUCCGAUUGAAGACUGUCCAUCACCUUGCCCAGGAGUAAAUGAAGUUUAUGAUCAAUGCGCUCCAAAUGUAUGCACUGAUCCAUCCUGUAGCGAUCUGGAUGAAGAGCCAAAAUCAUGUGCUACGGUUUGCCUUACACCUGGAGGAUGCCGAUGUAAAACUGGAUUUUACCGAAACAACCAAGGAAUCUGUGUUCCACCAGAAGAAUGUGAAAGAGUGUGUAAAGGCAAAAAUCAAGUGUGGAAUCAAUGCGGAUCGAAUGGUUGCAGUGAUCCGAAGUGUAGUAAUAUUGGCAUAGAUGUGUAUUGUGCGGACGUUUGUGAACCUGGGGCAUGUGUAUGUGCAAGCGGUUACGCACGCGAUGACUACGGAAAUUGUGUUCCGAUUGAAGAUUGUCCAUCACCAUGCCCAGGAGUAAAUCAAGUAUACAGUCAAUGCGCUCCGAAUGCAUGCACCGAUCCAUCAUGCAGCGAUCUAGGUAAACCACCAAGAGCAUGUAAUAAGCUUUGCAAAAUACCUGGCGGAUGUCGAUGUAAAGAUGGAUAUCGCCGAAACAAAAAUCGAGUCUGCGUUCCACUAGGAAAAUGUCCUUCACCCUGCAAAGGCAAACACGAAGUAUGGGGAUCGUGUGGAAAUAGUUCGUGCGUUGAUAAAACAUGCGAAAAUUGGUAUAUUAUGUAUAAAUGUGUUUGCAACACACAGGGAGGAUGUGUUUGUAAGGAAGGAUAUUUGAGGGAUAAACACGGUAACUGUAUUCCAAAACGUAAAUGCCCGAAAAUCAAGUGCCCAGGCGAAAAUGAAGUGUUCGACGAAUGUGGACUAGACGAAUGCAAUACGUUGACAUGUGAUAAUCGAUUUGUGAAAAAAACUCACUGUCCAGUGAAAAAAAGUUGCAAAAAAGUUAAUCCUGGCUGUCGCUGCAAAGCCAACUAUUAUCGUGAUGAUAAAACGGGAAAAUGUGUUCAUGAACGUGAUUGUCCAAAGAGAAAAUGCAAGAAGAAAAAUGAAGUGUAUGAUCCUUGCGGAGGUAAUCCAUGUACAGAAAAAUUCUGUGGUACACCAGAUGAUGCUCCAGGAUGCGAUUUUUGUGACACGGCUGGCGGAUGCCGAUGCAAAGAUGAAUUUUAUCGUAAUAAACAAGGAGAAUGUGUUACUAAGCGUCAAUGUCCCAAAUGCAAAGAGAACGAGAUAUAUGAUAAGUGUGGAAGAAGCUUUUGCACGGAAAAGGAUUGUGAUGCCGACCCCAAUGGACCAGUUUGCAAACCAGAUUGUAGUGGAAAAUUUGCUGCUUGUCGUUGUAUUGAUGGCACUUGUCGAAACAAGAAAGGGAAAUGUGUAAACAUAUGUCCCGGUUUAAAUGAAUAUCUCAAUCCGUGUGGUAAAAACGUAUGUAAUGACUUGACUUGUGAACGAAGAGAGAUCAGAAAAGUCUGCAAAGCUGGCUGUGGUAGUCCAAACUGUACUUGCAAACCUGAUUUCUACAGGAAGGAUGGAGUUUGUAUUUCAGAAAAAGAUUGCGAAAAAUAUGAGAAUGUUUCUCCUCAGCAAUCUGAAAAUCCUACGCAUGACCACCCUAAACAUCAUAGGCAACCCAAACACCAUAAACACGAACAUCAUGAUGACUCUACGCACCAUAAAUGCUCUUCAAGCUCAUCCUCGAGCUCUUCUUCCAGUUCUUCUUCUUCUUCUUCUAGCCCCUAAACUCUACAUGCAUAAAAACCAGAUACUAAUACGCUCUGUUUAAAUUGACAGAUCCAUACAAUGUUAUUCUCUUACCAGGCUUUUUUCUCUAAUGAAAAUUUGCGCAAAAUCAUGAUUCAGGUUGUACAACUGACAUCCAUAUUAUAUUUGACGUCGAUUUAAGCAAAACAAAACACACGCAGGGCAUUUGCAUGAUCUAAAUGACGUUUUCAUGUGCGAAUAAUAACGAAGAGAACGAUUUCUGUAUCAAAUCGUUUCGAAGUUUUCUCCCUUUGAAAAAAAAAAACGAUUGAGUAGAACAGUUUUGUAAAAUUUAAAUCGCAAUUGAAAUCAUUUCGUUUAAUAAAAAUAUCUUAUCAUCAAAUUUUCAAUACAAAAAUAAAAUAAUUUCAUGCAUUUAAAAAA